AUGGACACAAAUGAAAAUAUGAAAAAUGUAAAGGAUAUGAUGUCCUUUACCACAAAGAAUAUAAUAUAUAUCUUUAUCGGAAUAUCAUUAUUAAUAUUUAUAUAUAAGAUAUUAAAAAAGAAUAAAAAAGAUGCAGAAGUUAAAAGGAAUAAUGAAAUAAGUAUAAAAAUGAAAUUAUCACGAGAAAAACAAUUACAAGAAUUAGAUAAAGAAAUGAUGAUUAACAAAGAAAAAAUGAAAGAACAAAAUAUUAAAAAAAAUGAAGAGAAAAAAAAAGAUGCAGACCAAGCAAAACCAAAGUUGGGUUCUAAAGACAAUUCAUCAUUUAAUCAUUUAAAUGAUUACUCAAAUUAUUAUAGGCCGUCAUUAAAAAAUAGGUACAAUAAUCGCAAAUCCUGACGAUAA